AUGGAGAUUUCAUAGAUGAAAUAAGAGACCAUAUAACCUCUGUUUAAGCAGAAAUAUGAAAAUAUUUUAUUUAUUAUGCUUAAUUUCUUUUAAUCAAUUUCUUGCUUUUCUAAUCGUGAAAAACUCGAUAAAACUAAUAUAUUUAUCUAAUAACGAGCUCAAACUAUGUCUAUAUAACCUAUAUCAUAUAAGAAUACAUUAGAUCAAGUCCUAAAAAAUGAUAUUAUUGAAACUGAUUAAUACCUUCAAUUAGACAACCAAAACUAUAUUGAAUCAUUCGAGUAUCUAUACAUUAUUAUAUUAUUAGUUUUGAGUCUUCUAGUGGCAUACCAUCUACUCAAUAGCCUUCGGAUUUCAUGGUAUUGAAAGAUGGAAAACUUUAGUAACAAAUUCAAGAUAAAAUUGAAUAAAAUGCCUAAAAAGAACAAAAUUUUACUCGAAGAGUGAGUUUCCAUUUCUAUUUUUUUUAGAAAAGAGUAAUAAAACUUUGGGAUUCCACUGAAGAUGCUCAAUUACGUAUCCAAUAUUAAAAGCAUAAUGGAAAAUGGAAUUAAAUUGUUAAACAUAUGCCAGGAAGAAAUGUUUCAUAAUGUAGUUAAAGAUGGAGAAGAUUGCAACCUGUUAAGAUUGUAAUUAUAUUUGUAAAUAUUUGUAGUUUAAAAGAAAACAAUGGACUUAAGAAGAAGANCAGAAUAUGA